AUGCGUGAAAUUGUUCAUAUGCAAGCUGGUCAAUGUGGUAAUCAGAUUGGUUCCAAAUUUUGGGAAGUGAUUUCGGACGAACACGGUAUUGAUCCCACGGGCACGUAUCAUGGCGAUUCGGAUCUUCAACUUGAACGUAUCAAUGUCUACUAUAAUGAAGCAGCUGGUGGCAAAUAUGUACCACGUGCUAUUCUCGUCGAUCUUGAGCCAGGCACAAUGGACUCAGUACGCAGUGGUUCAUUUGGUCAGCUGUUUCGUCCGGACAAUUUUGUCUUUGGACAAUCGGGUGCUGGUAACAAUUGGGCCAAAGGUCAUUAUACGGAGGGUGCAGAAUUGGUCGAUUCAGUCUUGGACAUCGUACGAAAAGAGGCUGAAUCAUGCGAUUGUCUUCAAGGUUUUCAACUAACACAUUCGCUCGGCGGCGGUACUGGUUCGGGCAUGGGCACAUUGCUUAUCUCAAAAAUUCGAGAGGAAUAUCCGGAUCGUAUCAUGAUGACAUUCAGUGUUGUACCAUCACCGAAAGUGUCUGAUACUGUUGUUGAACCGUACAAUGCAACAUUAUCAAUACAUCAAUUAGUCGAAAAUACAGAUGAAACAUACUGUAUUGACAAUGAAGCCUUGUAUGAUAUUUGCUUUCGUACACUUAAACUUACAACACCUACAUAUGGUGAUCUUAAUCAUCUCGUUUCAGCUACAAUGUCAGGUGUAACAACGUGUCUUCGAUUUCCCGGUAAAUUUUUCUUAGAAUUUCCGACUAAUAUACAUUAUUUUCUAUAA